AUGGAGAACGGCUCGGCCAGCGGUAACCAGAGCCUGGGCAGGAUGCCCCGGCAGCCCCUGGAGCUGCAGGUGGUCACCAUCCUGCUGGUGCUGCUCAUCUGCGGCGUGGGCAUCGCCGGCAACGCCAUGGUGGUGCUGGUGGUGCUGCGCACCAAGCACAUGGUGACCCCCACCAACUGCUACCUGGUGAGCCUGGCCGUGGCCGACCUCAUCGUGCUGCUGGCCGCCGGGCUGCCCAACAUCUCCGAAGUGCUGGCUUCUUGGGUGUACGGCUACGCCGGCUGCCUCUGCAUCACCUACUUGCAGUACCUGGGCAUCAACAUCUCCGCCUGGUCCAUCGCUGCCUUCACGGUGGAGCGGUACAUCGCCAUCUGCCACGCCAUCAAGGCACAGCUCCUGUGCACCGUGUCCCGCGCCAGGCGCAUCAUCGCCUCGCUGUGGCUCUUCACCUCCCUCUAUUGCCUCAUGUGGUUCUUCCUGGUGGACACCACCCAGGUCACCUUCUCGGAUGGGGCGCAGGUCACCUGUGGCUACCGGGUCUCCAGGAGCCUUUACAUGCCCAUUUACUUCUUGGAUUUUGCCGUCUUCUAUGUCAUCCCGCUGGGGCUGGCCACUGUCCUCUACGGCCUCAUUGCCCGCAUCCUGUUCGCGAGCCCCGUGCCCGGCACCCCGCAGCAUUCCCCGGGCUCCGGGCACCAGGGCAGCUCGCUCAAGCUCUCCUGCCGGGGCGGCAGGGCUGCCCUGAGCUCCCGCAAGAAGGUGACCAAGAUGCUGGCUGUGGUGGUGGCCCUCUUCGCCGUGCUGUGGCUGCCUUACCGCACGCUGGUGGUGGUGAACUCCUUCGUGGACCCUCCGUACCUCAACACCUGGUUCCUCCUCUUCUGCCGCCUGUGCAUCUACCUGAACAGUGCCAUCAACCCCAUCAUCUACAACCUCAUGUCCCAGAAGUUCAGGGCUGCCUUCAGGAAGCUGUACAAGUGCCAGGAGAAGGGUGCUGAGCGCCCUGCCCCGCCCUGCACCCCGGUGUACUACAGCGCUGUGAAGGACUGUUCUCACGACAGCUCUGAACACAACCUCACCCAGCAGGAGGAUCUGAGCAGGCUCCCUGCACCUGCAAAGAAGAAUAAACAAAUCCCCUGAGACUGAAACAACGCAGGCAGUGGGAGCUAAGUGGCUGUACACACUGUGCUGGGAGAGUGCCAAGAGGAAUUGCUUUGGCAUUGCAGCGAGCUUCAUUCAAUAUUUCUUCAGGGCAUUUAAGAAAACGUAUUGUUAUAGGCAAAUUAAUUUGCUUUUCCUUAGUGCUAAUUUAUUCUUGUUUGGUGAAGUGUUAGGCACAUGUCAGUAUUUAGCAUCUCCAAAGCAUCUGUUGUUAAAUAUAGCAGUGCCAUCCCAUUUUGUUAUGUGCAAUGCUGAGCUGGACCAAAGCACUGAAAGGAAUCCCAGGAACAGAAGACUGUUCAAGGAAAAAAUACACGUUUUUCUAGAGUGAGUCUGUCCUACCCAAACUGACAUGCCACAGACACCCCAUGGAAGCUGCUCCUCUGGAGUCCUUCUGAAGUUAAUGAGGACAAUUAGGCACUUCCACAUGUCUCAUCUCACCACUCUCCAGUGAGGAAUACAUCCCCACAGAUAAAUGCCUCCAAGAUACGAGGCCAUUGACUGUAAAGGGACUCUCAGGGGGAGACUCCUACAUUAGGAAUAACCAAAGCUGGGUGUCAUGAGCCUCAUAUCAUGUCUCUGGAAACACUGCAGUGCUGGUAGCACAGAAACCCGAGGUCCAGACCAGACAGAUUUGCUACAAUUAGCAAACUAAUAAUGAACAAACUAAUAGUAAAUGCUCCCUAAUGUAACAGAAAUACUUCCCACUUUGUGGUCUGAGUUUCUUUUGGAUAACUUUACCUUUCCUGUCCAAAUUCCUCUGGUUGUUUCAGCUGGAAGCUGUACUCUUGUCCUGUAAGCCCCAGUGAUGUGUGUAGUUGUGGACCACAGAGCAGUGUUGCUCUCUGCCCCAGGUACAAGUGCAUUUCCACAGCAGCUGAAGAAAUUCUCUUAUUUCCUGGAAAUCAUUUGUGAAGCCCUUUAAGUGUUUUGUGAUUACUGACACAAAUAUUUAUUGCUGCUGUCAGUAGAUAUUCAUACCCUGCAGCAUCCAGGAGACCAAGUACACUUUCCCUAGACUUGCAAGAGACCAUCUGGACUAUGAGCAAAAUCAAAAAGAUUCACAUGAACCAAACCCUAGGCUCAUGCCAAAUAAAAGAAGUGUCUGCCACCAGUAAGCCUUGGGUGACUGUGAUGUAUCACUUGAACAGUCAAUGCAGCCUCACUAGUCAAAUUACCUUAGUUUGGCUUUCACCAAACUGUAGUGUUACAAGAGCUUAGAAUUUUGCAGCCACUCAGGAAAAUAUGGGUGUGAUAUUUUCAAGGGCACAAAAUGUUAAUUAACCAUUCUGCAUCUACAGGAAAUCACUUCACUGAAUGAGUCAGGACAAGAACUCAAGUCCCCUGAGUGUGUUGGAACUGUCCAGGACCUAUUUUGUUGUGUUUAGGGAGGUUUUGCAUAUAUGAUUAUUAUAUUGCAUGUUAUUAAACCAUCAAUGUUACCCCUAAAAUAGAUGAGGAUGAGGGAAGAGAACACUGGCUUUUUGCAGUUAUUUUAAACAUAAUGCAUUUGGAGUUUAAGCAUUCAUGCUAUUUUUGCACUGUUUUGUGUAUAUUGUAUAAUGUGAAUUUAUGAACAGAGUUUCUAUUUGUUGUUAUUAAGAAAGUUCUGUGCAGAGAUUUGGGAUUUACUUCUUGAAGAAAAUGGAGGUGUUUUUGCUAACAUGUGAGGAUUUGCUUGUAACAAUCUUCUUUAUACUACAGACAUUUUUUCCCCCCUUAGAACAGAUUUUUCCUUAGCAGCUCAGAACAAGCCAUUGAUAAAGAUGUGCAGACAAAGCAGAACAGCAAGGAUCAGGGUAAGGUGGAGGAGUGGGAAGGGGAUCCCUGGGUGACUCCUGGGGCCUUGAGCACAGGCAGCAACUUCCUGGGGAUGGGCUGUGCUCUCUCCUCCAGCUCUUCCCCUGAAGCUGAGGGUGCAGAGCUGGAUGUGGGAAGAGGAUUUACUGCUGGAGCUUGGAAACACACCUGCAUCCUGACCUAAGGCAUUUCUCAGGCACAGGAUGUGCAGUUUGACAGACAGCCUUGAUCUCUGCAAACACAAGGAGCUGCUUGAUUCUGAAGUAUCUCCAGCAAGAUGUUUUCCACUCCUCAUCACAUUUCCUAUCUUCACUCUUCCCCUUUCUGCUUCUCCCCCCAGAUGGAGACACCCCAAAAGCAUUAUUUUCUUAAUUAAAUUUCAGGCCAGCAGAUAGAACAGAUAGUUCUGAAAUAUUUGUUCAACAUACUUGAGAUUCAAUUAAAACCUGUUUCUCUUCUCCCCUUUCUGCUCUUAGCUGCCAAGUACUGCAUGACCCUUUGCUAUUUUUUGAGAAGUAAUUGGCAGAUAAAUUCUCCUGGAACCACGAGAUCUCCAACAAAUGCACCAGAGCGUUAAACUCUGUAGAUGAGGAAUGAGUUCCUGGUCCUUCCCCCUGCAUGUAUUCUGACACUUUAGGAGGAGCUGAGAGACUUUUAGGUGGAAGUGGAGGCAGAAGGUCAGCACUCAGCUGCUAAGGAGAGGGUGGUUGAGAUAUGCAUGCUGCUGGGAAAUAAAUCAGUAACAGAAAAGAAUUAAAAUAAAUAACUCAUCACUGUAACUUCCUUUGGAUAUUCAGGGCCUGAAUAAAAACCUCAAUUCCUUAUAAGAAAUCAGAGAUCUCCCUUGAAGCUUCAGCCUGCAUUACCUACUACCUUGCAAAGUCCCACCCUGCUCAUAAAGUCUCAAGCCGUAUUUUACCCUCAGCAUUUAUUUGUCUCAACAGCAUGAGUGUGGGCUGUGAGUUUAU